AUGUCUCUGAGGGUUUUCACUAGAGCACACGCCUAUGAAAAACAGGCCUCUCCGAAAGAGGACAAAUGCAGCAGCAUCCAGUGCAUUGAGCGCUACGACCAGAACGUCUACACCGGUGCCAAAGACUCGACGGUCCAGCACCUCAUCCUUUCCAGCAGCACAAAUGGAAACCUCAGUCUGAGUGGGGAGAGAACCAGAGAGGGGAAGAUGAGAAAACUGGGCUCAGGCAGCCCGGUAACACAGCUGAGGGUUGUACCGCUUUUCAACCACCUGCUGGUACUGUGGGACGGCUCCGUCAGAGCCCUCAACAUGUUCUCGUUAGAGCCGGUGCAGACUCUGAAGAAGAUCCAGCACGUGUCCCUGUUCGACGUGUGCAAAUCAGCACUCGCGGCCCUGUCCCGGUUGGCAUGUGUGGAGAUGGUGACGUCAUCCAGCCGCAGGAAACGGGUGCGGAUCCACGUGGUGGGUGUGAACAGGUGGGACGUUGUGAAAGAGGUCUCGCUGGCCCAGGAGCCCGUGGCCCUGGCAGUGGACGGCUCCUGUCUGUGCUUAGCGACUGGCGACAGAUACCUCCUUUAUGAUUAUGAGACUGAAAGCAGCAUGGAGCUCUUCCCUCACAAUCAUAACAGGCAGAAUAUCAUCGUCGCCACAGCAGGGAGAGGAGAAUUCCUACUGAACGGGCCUGGAUCCUUAGGCAUGUUUGUGAUGACGACGGGGAUAAGCCAGCGUCCUCCGCUGCAGUGGCCUGCGGUGGUCCUGUCGGCGGCGGUGUGUUUCCCUUACAUCCUGGUCCUGCAGUCCCAAGCUCUGUCUGUCUACAGCAUGUUGGACCAGCAGCUCAAACAGACCAUGAGUCUGGAUGGGGCCAGCGGUCUGGUCCCUGCAACAGAUGGUGCAUUAGUUUUCACACAGAAGCAGAUCGUGGCUCUUUCCUUGGUGCCUCUGGAGGAGCAGAUCCAGGCUCUCAUUGGAGACCAGAGGCUGGAGGAGGCCUCGCUGUUGCUGGGUGGCGUUCAAAGCCAUCUUCCAUCAGAGUCGUACGAGGAGUUGCAUAAAUUGAUCGCUUGCCUGGCCGGAUUUGCUCGGUUUUACCAGGAGGCUUUUUCAGAGGCAAGGGAUCUAUUCAUCAAAGCUGAGCUGGAUCCCAGAGAAAUUAUUGGCCUCUACCCUGACAUGGAGUCCUGUCUCGGUGAGGCCUUUCACACCCAGCUAGUUCGAGUGGUGAAACGCAAGGACCUCCAGCUGCUACGACAAGCUGACAGCGCCGCAUUUCACCGUUACUUGGAUUUUCUGGGUAAUUUCCUGCGAGCUGUCCGAGGGAUGGAGCAAGGCCGGAAGUGCGCUCAGGAGGUGGACUGCACUCUCCUGACGCUUUAUGCUGAGCAGGGACACAAUGAGUACCUGGAGUCGCUUGUGGCAUCUCCCAAUGCCUGCAGGCUGGACUACUGCACUCCUUUUCUGGAACAGCACCACAGAUUUUUUGCACUGGGCUUGCUAUAUCAGAUCCACGGGCAGCAAACUGAUGCAAUUCAGAUGUGGGUGAAGAUUGCAGAUGGCUACCAUGAUAAUGCUUCCUGCUCAAAUGUGUAUGAACACAUAGUGUGGACUCUUAGCCAGCUGAAAGAUAGAGAUGUUGUGUGGACGUUUGCAGACUGGGCUCUGCAGAGAAACCAAGAGACUGGCGUGCAGAUUUUCACCAAGCGUCACCCAGAUGACAGAGACACUUUUGCAGCAGAAGACAUCGUUGCUCACUUGAAAAAGUAUCCACUGGCCUUGCUGCUCUACCUUGAGUUCUUGAUCCAUGAAUUGAAAAGUGAGGAGGAAGGCCAUCACAACCUCCUGGCCCUGGCAUAUGUCACCCAGAUACUAGAGACCCUUCAUAAGGAAGGGGAAACAGAAUCAGAGACAGCGGCGACCAGAGAGAAACUACAAAGCCUACUAUGGGAAUCAGUCUUCUAUGACAUCCCCGCUGUAUAUGAGCAAGUGAAGUCAACGGACCUCUGCGCUGAGAAAGCCAUCCUACUAGGUAAAGCAGGGGAACACUCCCGGGCUCUGCAGGUGCUCGUACGUGAGGAAAGAGACCCCCAUGCUGCAGAGGCUUACUGCCACAGGGCUGCCGAGGGCCGGGGGGGAGAGCUGAGACAGACCCUGCUGUUCACUCUGUUCGAUGUUUACCUGAGCUGCAAGGAUCUGGCCAGCGCCGCUGCAGAUCUGCUGAACAACAACGCUCAGGCAUUUGCCCUGGAGAAAGUCAUCCAGCUCCUGCCUGAGCACUGGUCUGUCCGGCUGGUCUCCCAAUUCCUACUGGGAUCCCUCAGGGAGACCUUCCACCAGAGGCGGAUGAGAGGAUUACAGAGGGGUCUGGCCCAGGCAGAGCUCCUCAGAUAUAAAGUUGCUCGGACCCAGACGUCAAGGAUGAUGCUCAGCGUGGAUAAGAACCAGGUGUGUACAGCUUGUCAGAGGGACAUCACUGUGCCACAGUUUGUCUGUAACCUCAAGGGGGAACUGAUCCACAUAGACUGUAUCAGCAACGAGGAGUCAACCAGGGACUGAUGGCCUGCUCUAUUGUGUGUGUGUGCGCGCGCGUGUGUGUGUGUUUGCGUGUUUGUCUGUCUGUAUGCUUGUACCGUCUGAGGGCCAUUCAGAGUUGCAUUUUUAUUUGGCCAUAUAAGUGUCUGUGUCGUCUUCCCCAGCAAUUAUCCUGGAUUAGAAUGUAUCAUCCUGGCACAUUCAGUACAAGGGUUCAAUUCAUAGACUGUGGACUAGACAUAUUCCCUAAUUACAAAAAUAAAAUACAUUGUGUAAAUAACUGGUUCCAAAAUGUAAAAUAGCUAGUAAUGCAUAUUUGAAGCUGGCACGUCUGAGUCAUUUCCUCAUCAGACUAUGGACCGUUAUAGCCAUGAACUGAGCGUGCAGAGGACACUCUGAGACAUAUAUUCAAUGAUCAGAUGCUGGUAUUUCAUAAGGAAACCACCUGUGGUAAACCUGAUGACCAGGGGGAGUUUGACCAUCCUCCCUCUGCCCUAUAUAUUGCAUCUAUUCUAUCACAGUUUCCACCGGCUGUGUGUAUUUAUCUACAUAAAGAUGGAAAUAGAAUGUCAAUGUCAACAACCAAGUGCACGUGAGACACUUUUAUUCGGCCGUUACUUGAUGUAUUAAAAUACAUUCGUGAC